UCAGUUCGAAAGCACGCUUCCAAGCAGACGGUCGCACAUUCCGAUUGGCAGCCGAGUGAGUGACGAGUGAGAUUUAAGCCACGAUUCGAGUCGAGUUGAGUCGAGUGACGAGCGCAGCAUUUAACGCAGUGUUUGGUGCCUGGGAGCAGAGGCAUCCAAAACACACCCUACGCUCUCUUCUUGGGUCCCAGUUUUAAGCCAUCGGUGCGUCUCUAUCCGGAUUUCGCUGUUUUGAUACAUCCAGUGGGUCGUAAAUCUUCGACGAACCGUAAAUUAUUUAACAGCUCGCUACGCAGCGUGCUCAUAUUUUACAGUUGAAGGUAGCUCCGUGGAGGAAAACAGCCCCAAGAUUUCGAAAACAACGAAAAUGGUCUUCGACUGCGGAGUCUGGUGUGCAAAGUAUUUGCUUUGCAUAUUCAAUUUUAUAUUUUUCGUGCUAGGCACAAUUAUAUUCGGAGUCGGACUAUGGCUGGCCGUGGACAAGCACUCGCUGAUUGCUCUCCUCAAGUUGGUCGAGAGCGAGCGCAUUGAGCAAUUUACACAGCCACAGGCCAUAGAGCAGCUGGCCUAUGUGCUCCUCGUCAUCGGAGCCGUCAUGUUCUUCAUGAGCUUCUUGGGCUAUCUGGGAGCCAUGCGCGAGUCCCGCUGUCUGCUGUCGACGUAUGGAACCUUUUUGAUCCUGCUGCUGAUUGCCGAGAUCGUUGCCGGCGGAUUGGGUGCCUUCUUCAAGGACAAAGUUCGUGCCGAGAGCAAAAACUUCUUGCAGACGACCAUUACCAGUUAUUCGCUGGGCGAGAAUGUGGAUGCUACCUCACUGAUGUGGAACCAACUGAUGGGCAACUUUGGGUGCUGUGGCAUCAAUGACUAUCACGAUUUUGAUGCCUCUCCAGCGUGGGUGAACGGCAAGGGUAACCGCACCAUUCCCGAUGCCUGCUGUAUCCUUAAGGAUGUGGCCAAGUUGGUGCCACGCGACGAGGACUGUACAACCAACCCCAGCGACAGCAACAGUUUCUACAAGAAGGGCUGCUAUGAGGUGUUUACCGAGUGGCUGAUUCGGCAACGUGAACUGGUCAUCGUGGCCAUUGCGGUGGGCAUUGUGCACCUGGUCCUCAUUAUUCUGGCCUUUGCUCUGUGCAAGGCCUUUGCCAAAUACAACGAUAUGCGUCUGUAAAUCGGAGAUGACGAGGACAGCGGAUGUUGUGACAGUUUUCAGAGUUAGCAAAGUAGACGUAGGAACGAGCCAAAACAGCAGGACAGUGAAGAGCGACGAUCCCUCCUAGAACUCCCCCAAAAAAUACAACGCCCUACCGAACACCGCGACGUGCUCAAUGGAAACAUGAAAUAUAUUCAAAUGCAUUUGCCGCAUGGAACGGGACAGACACGAGAACACAAAACAGUUUAAUACAGCUCUAAUCUAACAAUAAGCUAAGAUCAUAGCCAGCAUAAUCCAUUUACCGAUAAUAUUCAAGAAUAUCUUACAAGAAAUGUUGCUCAAUGUUUUGCCAGCAAACGAAUGGGUCGGAUGGAUCGCGAAGGUUUUUACGAAUGAAACUCACACUUGGAAUAUUUAUUUGUAAAUCUGUUUUGAUAGCAGUUUUUUAGUUGUUAAGUAGUAAACUACAAUAUGCGUAAUAUUGUAACUAUUUUUCUUAGUCUAUUACGAUUUUGUUAUGCAAUCAUGCAAGGCAUUCGAAAACCACUCAAAAACAUCACAGAAAUCACAUAAGUUAAGACGAAUGACAACACACAUUUUUGAGAUUGAGCGAAAUCGUGAGAUCAAUUUUGAAAGAUGACUUUUAAAGAAGCAUAGAGCAUAACGCCCAUUAAAUUACAAGCAUGCAUAUAUACAAAUAUCGAUUGAAAAUGAUAAGAAAUGAAAUGGCAUUGACAUUGUACUAGUAUGUGUAUUAGUUAAUAAGUCUCUAACCUUAAGUUGUAACUUUAGUUGUUUUUUCUAUGGCUAUCUUCGAGUUUUUAACUACAUACGCCGGGGCGCGCAACUUCGUGUUCCCGGCUCUUUUGUUAAAAAUGAAUGUUGUACAUUUUUGAAUUCUAUAUAUACAUAUAUAACUAUUAUUAAUGCAUAUUAUAUACACGUAUGUCUGUAGUUUACUUAAUGUACUUUUUGGAAAUCGCGCAAUGAAAAAGCCGUAAAUCGAAAGCAUGAAACUAAAACACACACAAAAACGAUAAAAAACCUCCCAAGAACGCGAGGAAAAAUCCCCAUUUAAAGAUGUACAUUUAUGAACGUGAACGAAAAAGUAAUUAAAAUAAAGAAAAAGUAAAU